GUAAUUGUUUUGGUAGCAUUGGGUUUGUUGCGGGUUCUGACAGCGUAGAAUAAUAUGAGAGCAGAGUGAUAGAAAACGAAUGGCCAACCCUAGGAGGACAACGUUAUUUCCGGCAUCCGCCACCCACCACCAAUUGCCGGUUUCGACCGCCGGCAGCGGCGGCGACCAAUCUCCGGCGACGCUAGUGAGCUCUCUGAAGUCGUUCCUGAAGAAGCCCCAUGCUAUCCCAUUCCUACUCUCUUUCUUCCUUCUCCUGACGUGGGUCACGCUCAGAUUUCAACGCCCCUCGGAGCAUUUUCCGAGCAUGGGAUUAGGAUCCGGGAUAGGGAUUAUGGGACGCCGCCAUUGGUCUUCCGACGAAGACAAUUCCGCUAACCUUGUUCGAUUCCCUGCUUCUUCUCCACUUAUCGCCAAGGAUAAGCGCGGAUGGCUGCUUAACCCCAUUUCGCUUGCCCUCCAUUCUCCUAUUUCAGGUGGAACAACGAGCUGUGCAUCAAUUCAUGUGGGUGAGAUCAAACCUGGUGGUGUUAGGGGGAACCAUAGGCAUCAUACAUGCAAUGAGACAUUUGUGAUUUGGGGAGCUCAUACACUUUUCCGGCUAGAAAAUAAUGCAAUUCAAAAAGGCUAUGCCGAAGUGAAGGUUGGUGCAGAUGAGAUUGCUGUUGCAGUUAGCCCCAGCGGAACAGCUCAUGCCCUAGUUAACAUAGAUACUUCCCAAAGUACAUUCUUCAUGGGGUGCCAAGAUAGUGUUGUUAACUAUACUGACUCUAAAACUGAUUUUAGUGUAUGGAAAGAUCUUUAGGUUGUAUGUAUGCUAAAUUUACUUUGCACAGUUAAUAAUUCAAGGGUUUCAGACUCCGGAGGAUUAGGUUUUGGGAUGACAAAGAGAAUCUAUGUACAUGAAAGCAUGCUUCCUGCUCUAUAGUUUGUGUUCACUUUCCACAUUGGUUCAUUGUGCUUAUGAACUGAGGUAUUUUACUGUAAGUAAUCGAUGCUCUAUGUGCAGCAGAAAUAAAUAAAAGUGCACCCAAUUAAAACUGA